AAUUAAUAGCAAAUAUAUAAACACUAUUUGCUUAUCUACCGAUCGGUAACCAUGGAAAAUAGUUCAGAAGUUGUCUCCAGGUUGUCAAUGAAAGUAGCACUUAUCACCGGGGGAGCUCAGGGAAUCGGCGAAGCAACAGCAAGGCUAUUCAUCAAACAUGGAGCCAAAGUCGUAAUUGCCGAUAUCCAAGACCAAUUAGGUCAUGCAGUUUGUAAAGAUAUUGGUCUUGACAGCGCUUCAUUUGUCCAUUGCGAUGUGACUAUUGAAUCAGAUGUUGAAAGUGCCAUCAACACGACACUUGCCAAAUAUGGUAGGUUGGAUAUAAUGGUGAACAAUGCAGCCAUAUUAGAUGAUGGAAAGCCCAACAUUCUCGAUAAUGAUCAGUCAACUUUCGAAAGAGUCAUGAACGUCAACGUCACUGGUGUGUUUCUGGGAACCAAACAUGCGGCUCGAGCCAUGAUCCCAGCUCGAAGUGGCAGCAUUAUUAUGAUGGGAAGUGUGUCUGGGAGCAUUGGUGGAAUCAUUUCUCAUGCUUAUUCGAGUUCAAAACAUGCAAUUGUGGGGCUUACUAAGAACACGGCAGCUGAGCUUGGCCAAUAUGGGAUUCGUGUUAAUUGCGUAUCACCUUAUUUUAUCCCUUCACCUUUAACAGCAAAUUACACACAAGAUUAUCCAGAGAAAUACUCAAACGUUUAUUCAAACCUCAAAGGGAUAACGCUACGUGAAAAAGAUGUUGCAGAAGCUACUCUUUUUCUAGCAAGCGAUGAGGCCAGGUACAUGAGCGGGCAUAAUCUAGUGCUUGAUGGAGGUUUUACGGUUAUAAAUCCAGCUUUUGGACUAUUUGCACGAGCUUCCCCUAACGAGUAA